AUGGCGUCCUACGAUAAGCCUGAAGUUGUUGAAAGGGAUGUUAAGGACAAGGAGCAUGAGGAGGAUGACAAACCCAUAGUUGUUGAAAGGGAUGUUAAGGACAAGGAGCAUAAGAAGGAUGACAAACCCAUAGUUGUUGAAAGGGAUGUUAAGGACAAGGAGCAUAAGAAGGAUGACAAAGAGGAAGGGAAAGGUGGUUUUCUUGAAAAGGUGAAGGAUUUCAUUCAUGACAUUGGCGAGAAGAUUGAAGGAGCUAUUGGAUUUGGGAAGCCAAAUGCAGAUGUGACAGGGCUUCACGUCAAUUCUAUCAAUCUUGAAAAAGCGGAGUUUGUCAUUGAAAUUCUCAAAAAGAACCCAAAUCCGGUUCCUAUCCCUCUGAUUGACAUAAACUACUUGAUUGAGAGUGAUGGAAGGAAACUUAUUUCAGGGUUGAUCCCAGAUGCUGGAACGAUCAAAGCACAUGGUGAGGAGACUAUCAAAAUACCAGUUACUCUGAUUUAUGAUGACAUAAAAAACACAUAUGCUGAUAUUAAGCCCAGAAGCAUCAUUCCAUAUAGGAUCAAGGUUGAUCUCCUUGUGGAUGUGCCUGUUUUUGGAAGAAUAACUCUACCACUUGAGAAAACUGGAGAGAUCCCUAUACCUUACAAGCCUGAUAUUGAUAUUGAGAAAAUAAAGUUUGACAGAUUCUCCUUUGAAGAAACUGUUGCAGUACUUCACUUGAAACUGGAAAAUAAGAAUGAUUUUGACUUGGGGCUUAAUGACCUAGACUAUGAGGUUUGGCUGUGCGAUGAGAGCAUUGGAUCUGUAGACCUCCAAAAAUCUGCAAAUCUUGUGAAAAAUGGAAUCACUAAUAUUGAUAUCCCCAUCACCUUCAGACCUAAGGACUUGGCUCUGCACUUGGGAACAUGA